ACUCGACUAAUGGCAAUCAACUGGUAGAUGAAAUGAAUAAGGAGUCUUUGCUGUCUGAUGCGAAAUUAAGUGCUAUCAAUUAUCAAGGGACCGAGAAUGUGAAAAUGUACAACAACAAGAAUAAUGAUCAUCUCGAUUCCAGAGUUCAUGGCUCCUCUUCGGCAAAUAUACUCAAUCAGGUCAACCAUGAAUCCCAAGUGUUUCGUGCUCCUCCUGACCACAAUCACUGCAACAUUCAUGGCAUGUGGAUAAGUUCAGUGGCUGGUGUUGCAAUUGAACUACUUCCAAUUGUACACGAAAAAGGUCGAGUUGAAAUAAAAACAAGAAUCUUUGAGUUGCAAAAUACUUUAGUGAAGGGGAUUCUUACAAGCAAGUGGACAGGAAAUGGAGUGAUCUACCCCGACAGCCCAACGACGAUGACGAUAGUGUUUCAAGAACACAUGAAUGAAAUUGAAAACCAUCAUGGUUAUACUGCACAGGGAGACAUCAAUUCACAUUCCGAACAAAAUUCCACUUUUCAGGAUUUGAAGAAUCAGCAUCCCAAAACGGCUGUUUUUGUAGGACAAUGCUUGGUUUGUCAAAAUACUCCCGUCUUAAAAGGAACAUGGACUGUGCUUCUACAUGCACAAAGCUGUGCAAAUCAAACGAGUAAUGAAGGACCCUCAUUGAAUGGGGUGGAAAUCAACAGUAAUGACACCCUUCAUCUACUUGAGAAAUCACCCCCAUAAAUUAUACGUAA